GCAGGUGAGAUUAGUUUGGGGAUGUGAAUACAAUGAGUGUAAACCAGCAAGCUCACACAGGGCCUCCUUAUGGACAACCUCAGCCUGGAUAUCCGGGAUACCAGCAGCCUGCCUACGGAGGACAGCCAUUGCCAGGGGUUCCUCAGUCGCAAUAUGGAGCUUAUAAUGGUCCGAUGCCAGGAUAUCAACAGCCAGCCCCUCCACAAGGUUAUUUUCCUUCCUUGGGGUUCCCUUCGAAGGGCUCUCCUGUAUCUCUCAACUCUGACACUUCUUCUCUUGCACCUAAUUUCAUAGGUUCGUUAAGAGCCCCUCCAACACCUGGAGCUCCCCCUCCAGCCUCUGGAGCAUCUCUUCCUUCUGGCCACGUGGCAUACAGUCAGUUUGGACAUGGAGAUGUGCAGAAUGGGAUUCCAGCUUCAGCAGCCCCGAUGCAGAGGCCACCUGCUUCUCAGCCGUUUCUGCCAGGCUCAGCACUCACGCCUGUCAGCCAGACAUCUACGUUCCAGCAAUAUGGUCCCCCCCCAGCCAGUGUACAGCAGCUCAGCAAUCACAUGACAGGGAUGACAAUUGGCAGUACUACAGCCUCUGGUCCUCCCCCAGCUGGACUGGGCUAUGGUCCCCCAACAUCGGUUCCCCCAGUCUCAGGAAGCUUUAGUGCAACAGGAUCUGGUCUCUACACACCUUACACUGCGAGCCAAGGACCCCCUCCUACCAGUAUGUCUCAGGGUCUUCCUUUGGCACAGCCUCCGUUUCCUGGUCAACCAAUAUCAACUCAGCGCCUACCUACUCAAGUCCCUGGUUUUGCCCCACCUCCCUCUUCUACAGGGAUUGGACCUUCCUCUUACCCUCCUACCACAGGUGCCCCAAGGCCACCUACCAUGCCAGGCCCACCACUGCCUGGGCAGGCAGUUGCUGGACCACCAACGUCCCAGCCUAAUCACGUAUCCUCACCACCACCUCCAUCAACUAUGGCAGGGCCGCACCCUGGGCCUCCCAUGAGUGGCCUCCAUGGACCACCUCCUCCCACUCAUCCUCCUCAGCCAGGAUACCAAAUGCAGCAGAACGGUUCCUUUGGGCAGGUGAGGGGUCCCCAACCAAACUAUGGAGGAGCCUAUCCAGGAACACCAAAUUAUGGAAGUCAACCCGGACCACCACCUCCACCAAAACGUUUGGAUCCAGAUUCCAUUCCUAGUCCUAUUCAAGUGAUUGAAGAUGACAGAAGUAACCGUGGGUCAGAACCAUUUGUCACUGGAGUGAGAGGGCAGGUCCCACCUCUUGUUACUACGAAUUUCUUGGUCAAGGAUCAAGGUAACGCAAGCCCCCGCUACAUAAGAUGCACAUCUUACAAUAUUCCCUGCACCUCAGAUAUGGCCAAACAGUCCCAAGUUCCCCUAGCUGCUGUCAUAAAACCGCUGGCUACUCUACCCCCAGAGGAGACCCUUCCUUACUUGGUAGACCAUGGUGAAUCCGGUCCUGUCAGAUGUAAUAGGUGCAAGGCUUACAUGUGCCCUUUUAUGCAAUUCAUUGAGGGUGGAAGGAGGUUCCAGUGUUGUUUCUGCAGCUGUGUCACUGAGGUGCCACCUCACUACUUCCAGCAUUUGGAUCAUACUGGAAAGCGAGUAGACUUCUAUGACCGACCUGAGUUAUCACUGGGGUCUUACGAGUUUCUAGCAACAGUUGACUAUUGCAAGAAUAACAAGUUUCCCAGUCCACCUGCUUUCAUUUUCAUGAUUGACGUGUCUUAUAAUGCUGUGAAGAGUGGCUUAGUGAGGCUAAUAUGUGAAGAAUUAAAGUCACUCCUAGAUUACCUGCCCAGGGAAGGCAACAUGGAAGAAUCAGCCAUUCGAGUAGGCUUUGUCACCUACAACAAAGUGUUACACUUCUAUAACGUGAAGAGCUCACUGGCACAGCCACAAAUGAUGGUUGUCUCAGAUGUGGCAGAUAUGUUUGUGCCGCUCCUUGAUGGUUUUCUGGUAAAUGUGAAUGAAUCCAGGACAGUUAUUGCCAGUUUGCUGGAUCAGAUUCCAGAAAUGUUUGCAGACACAAGAGAAACAGAAACUGUUUUUGCACCUGUGAUUCAAGCAGGGCUGGAGGCGCUGAAGGCAGCUGAGUGUGCUGGCAAGCUCUUCAUUUUCCACACCUCUCUGCCCAUCGCAGAGGCCCCAGGGAAGUUAAAGAACAGGGAUGAUAAGAAACUGAUCAACACAGAUAAGGAGAAGACUUUGUUUCAGCCACAGACAAGCUUUUAUAACAACUUGGCCAAGGACUGUGUGGCCCAGGGCUGCUGUGUGGAUCUGUUCCUAUUUCCAAACCAGUAUUUGGAUGUGGCAACACUGGGUGUAGUAACUUACCAGACAGGAGGCUCCAUUUAUAAGUAUGCAUAUUUCCAGCUGGAGACGGACCAGGAUAGGUUCCUGAAUGACUUGAGAAGAGAUGUCCAGAAAGAAGUGGGAUUUGAUGCUGUAAUGAGAGUGCGCACAAGCACAGGUAUUCGAGCAACUGACUUUUUUGGCGCUUUCUAUAUGAGCAACACAACUGAUGUAGAGAUGGCAGGUUUGGACUGUGAUAAAACAAUCACAGUGGAAUUCAAGCACGAUGACAAACUGAGUGAAGACAGUGGUGCACUCCUUCAGUGUGCUCUGUUAUAUACAAGUUGCGCAGGACAGCGACGACUCCGCAUUCACAACCUCUCCUUAAACUGUUGUACGCAGCUUGCUGACCUCUAUCGAAACUGUGAGACAGACACGCUCAUCAAUUACUUGGCUAAAUAUGCAUAUCGUGGAGUUCUGGGUAGUCCAGUAAAGACUGUACGAGAUGCACUGAUCAACCAGUGUGCCCAGAUCCUAGCUUGCUAUCGAAAGAACUGUGCUAGUCCUUCUUCUGCUGGCCAGCUGAUCCUCCCUGAAUGCAUGAAGCUGCUUCCUGUGUACUUGAAUUGUGUGUUGAAGAGUGACGUCCUUCAGCCUGGUCCGGAGGUCACAACGGAUGACCGUGCCUACAUUCGUCAGUUAGUCACAUCCAUGGAUGUGGCAGAAACAAACGUUUUCUUUUAUCCCAGGCUUUUGCCCCUGACCAAAGCAGAUGUUGACAGUGACGCCUUGCCAGCAGCAAUCCGGAACUCAGAGGAACGUCUCUCCAAGGGUGACAUAUACCUGCUGGAGAAUGGGCUGAACAUCUUUGUGUGGGUGGGAGUCAACGUGCAGCAAGGCCUGAUCCAGAACCUCUUCGGAGUGUCAUCCUUCAGUCAGAUUAGCAACACCUUGAGUACCCUGCCUGUCUUGGAAAACCCCUUUUCAAAGAAAGUACGGUCUGUUGUUGACAUGCUUCAAGUGCAGAGAUCCCGCUACAUGAAGUUAAUAAUUGUGAAGCAAGAAGAUAAGCUGGAAAUGCUGUUCAAACACUUCCUAGUGGAGGACAAGAGCCUGAGUGGGGGGGCUUCAUAUGUGGACUUCCUGUGUCACAUGCACAAGGAGAUUCGGCAGCUACUGAGCUAGAGGAGGGAGUGGUGCUGGAACUCAGCAGUGACAUUUCAGUCUCCACUAAUGACCUGAUCAGAAGGCCCAGCGCCCUCAAAAAGGACAACGUAGAAAUCUGUACAAUUCCAUAAUUUUUAAUACACAUUGCAUAAGCAGAAAUCCUUUCAACCUCUCCCAGUCCCGUAUGAGAGAUGAAAAAUUUUCCUGGUGAGGGCUAAAAAAAAAAAAAAAAAAAAAAAAGGCCUUUGAUACCAGGUCUUUUACUUGUAUCUAAAUUGUUUCCUGUGCUUGGCAGGAGUUCACCCCCCCCAUGCUCGCUAAUCCUGUCGUAAUGAAUGUAGUUUUUUUCAGUUCACUGUACAUGAUUCAACAUUGGGU